UUAGUAAGUAUUAAUUAAUUUUUUCCCGCCUCUUUGUUUCUGUAAAUCUUCCGAGCACGAAACUCGUCACUCUCUCUCUACAUUUCGCAAAACUCUCUCUCUCUCUCAGCGUGCAGGCAUUGUUUCUGAAAGUUUCGAUUCGAAUUUUUCCAUUAUAAUUGGGGAUAAUGGAGUUGCUCGAUCACCGGCGCUGAGAUUAUUUCUGGUUUUUAGCUGAUUUUUAUAUCGAUCUCUGUUCACGCUGCUAAACUUGUGGCAAUGGACAUUGAUAGAAUCCGACGCGCACGAGAUGAUCGCAAGAGUGAUUGUCGGAGUUUUGGUAGCAAUUCCCAAAAAUGUAGCCAGUCCAGGAAGAUUUCAAUAGGAGUCAUGGUAGACUCAUUUGUGAAAACAAGACCCAAAAAUACAAAGGAAGAUGAGGGCUCAAUGCCAAUUGCGGAAAAGGUUUCUAGCAAGGUAAAUUCCAUGGGUGAUGGAAGAAACGGGGAAGGAGUCAAGGCUGCCAUUAAAGGAAAACAAACUGAGGCUCCAGAGAAUGAGACUUCCCCAUGGGUCUCUACUAGAUCCUUCCACCAGAAAAACACAACUUCAGAGACCGUUCAUUAUGCAAACCUAACUACAAAUUUACCGUCUGGUGAUGGCAUGAGCAACAAAUUAAAUGGUGUAAAGGCAGCACCAACAACAUACUCUGUUCAGUUUUUUGCGAACCAGAUGUCGGCUUUACAGUCUGAUGAUGGCAAGCAAAAGAACUUUGAUGAGGUCUCUUGCAGAGCUGAGGGAGGCAAGGAAGGAACCCGAAAGGGUGUGGAAGAGUUUUCGUUUGCAGUACAGGACAGUUUUGUUCCAGAAAAAGAAGUGGUAGAGAAUAAAGCAAACAAAACAGAAGACAUGAGGGAAACUUUGAGAAUGAAGCUUUGGGAUAUAUUGGGGACUGUUUCUUCACCAAACAAGCAAGUUUCUCAGGAUCCUGAGAUGUGUGUGAAUAACUUAAGCCCAGAGCAGAACAUUGAUAAAAAAUGUAAAUCUGUUGUCAAGCCUAGACAGAAUUCUGACACAAUAGAGACUGAUUCCGAGAGUCCUGAUCAUGCUAUUAGGAGGCCAGUAACUCGUUCUUCGACCAGGAAUAGAGCUCCAAGUAAAGUACAAACAAACAAACUUAGGAACCUGACAUCCUCUACUCAUACAAAGAAAUACCCAGAGAACAUUUAUUCUUUUGAAGACGGAUUUUCUGGAAGACUAGAUACUGCUGUCACUGGUGGUUCUCCAAAAUUCUACAGAAAGAAGAGAGAGAGAAAGGGUUUCAAAACUGAGGCACAUAAGAUCUGCUUUCCUGCAAAGGACAAUGCCGAUGAGAUUCAGCAGGCAACUGAUAUGAAUAAAACAACUAGAUGUGCUGAGAAGACAUCAUCACUUGGAAAUAGAAAAGGGAGUUUUCAAAGGUUAUCUCAUGAGAACAACAUUGAGUUUGUUGAGCGGGAGAAUGGAAUCCAGAAAAAGGAUUCCCAUCAGUUAUCAGAGACGAUGAAGAUGACAGUUCAGCCACGUAAUGUUAACCAUGUGACAACAUUCCCACAACAUCGGGGCCAGCAAGAAGACUUGGCUAAUUCAUCUUUAGAGAACAUUGUGGAUCCACAUUCUGAUCUCCAGAGCCCGACAUUUGAGAUUAGAACACCCACCAAAAGCAUUUCUCCUUGCUCCCCACCAAAAACCAACCAUGGAGAACUGGAUGAUCACAGUCAUGCACACUGUAGCUUCAAUAGUUUGUUAGCCUCAAAACCAGAUUAUUAUAGAACAGAUGUGGGGACGGAAUCAUCUGAUGAUGCAGAGGAACUUGAAGGUUCUCCUUUCAUGAAAUCAGAUCCUAUUAUGGAAGAGGAAGAUGCAAAAAAUAGACUGUCUGAAUCAUCAUCAAAAGAAAGGGACUCCAAGAGCUCUAAAGAAGGUUCACCUAUUCACAAAGGUAGGGGAACAGAAUCGCUGUCUCCAGAAAUUGGUAGUGCUUGGAAUUCAAAGUUUGCACUUCAUCCAAGUAAACGGAUCAGGAGCCAAGAAAACAUUAAAUUUAAUGGAUUCAGUCCCAUCUCAAACUCUCCCAAAGAGACUGAGGAAAGUAAAGGACUCCAGGGACCUUUAGGCCAGAACCAAGAGGAUGGAUUGGCCAAUGCCAUCACUCUAUUUGCUUUGGCUUUAGAACGAGUUAAAAGCAAAAUAAAAUUGGUGACUAGCAAGAAAUCUGCUGAAGUUCUGAUGCCUGUUGCUGAGGGAAUACACUCACAGCUUCAGAAUGCUGAAUCUCAGAUCCAAAGAGAUGUGGGGAAGCUAACAAGCCUCAGUAAAUCAAAAAGAAAACGUCUAGAAACUGAAUUUGAAGAGCAACAGGAACAACUGAAAUUCAUAUAUCAAAAGUUCAAAGCAGAGGUUAAUCGGCAUCUGGAGGAAUGCAAGAGCACAGUUGAAGGACUGGACACACAGGAGAGAGAGUUUAGAGGAGUUGUGGAGAAACAAAAAACAUCGCAGAGAAAGCUUCUCAAGCAAUUGGAAGAAGCAGUUGAGACCCAACUCAGUGACGCUCAAAGAAGAAUCACCGCUGUCCACAAUUCGGCAAGGGAAAAGAUGCUUCAAUUAAAAUAUGUUGUAGCGGAGUGUUUAAAAGAGGGUAUUCUCAGUUGACAUGAUUUCUACUGGAAUCUACCACGUUGGAGACACAAUAUGCAGCUAGGCAAUAGUCCUAAGAUUUUAUUUGUGCUGAGGACUUGGUUGUGAAUGUAAACCUACUCAUUUCGUCAGUAACAGAGUGGCGCUGCAAUCAACUCCUACUUUGGAUUUCAUUGCUCAUUUUUCAACUGUUUUCCACUUACAUUCUUAGUUGUAAAGAUGAGAGAAUUCUCUCCGAAUGGCGUUAACUUGGUCUUUUGCUGUUUUAGGUUCAUGGAGUAGCUUAAUGAGUGGGUUGCCUAGUCACCAGAUAUAUGUAAUGAACUCAGAUGAAUCAAGAGUUGAACUGACAGCAUAGGAUAGUAAAAUACUUGAUGAUGAAAAAAACUGACUGUUGCACGGAACAAAUACACUGAAAUAUGAUUUCCCCCUGCCCUUUUUUUUUC